CAGGACACCAACUGCGAUGGGUAAGGCGGGUGCCGCGAAGGGUCGCUCCCCAACACCGACACCCAAGAAUGGAACCGGAGCUGGGGUAACAAAUGGCACGCAGCCAACAAAUGCAGCGGCGUCAGCAGCAGCAACAGCAGGAGCUGGAGCAGGAGCAGGAGCAGGAGGAGCAACAACAACAGCGACGGCGGCAGCAGCAGCAGCAACUGGAGCAGGAGGUGGGUCAGGUGGUGGGGCCUGCAGAUCCACGCUACAUGCGAACAAAACGAUUCUGAAAACAGUUUCGGUAUUCCUUGCCAGCGGCAAACGAAACUCGAACAACCAGUCGAAGGCCGCAGCGGCUGCCCUGCAGAACAAACGGCUACAGCGACAGCGUAAAAUGGACGAGCUGAGCGGCAAAAUCAAUCCCAAGCUUUUGGACAGUCUGCGCAAGAAGACACGGUUUACCAAGGAUGAGUUGGAUGCGCUGUGUCGGAUCUAUCGCAAGCUGGUAUCGAACUGUCAAUAUGCGGCCAAGACCCUCGCCUCGAGCUCCUCUAGCGCAGCCAUAGCCAAGCCGCACGCAGCUGUCGAGGGCAUUGAUCGCAUCGUAUUCCGUGAACUGUUGCACAGCACCUUCGACAUUGUCACCGAGGAGAUACUGAUGGAGCGCAUCUUCUGCAGCUGGGACAAGGCCCAUGAGGGUUUGCCGCUGCGACUCGAAGGCUGGCUCAUUGGGCUCUCGACCUUUUUGCGCGGCACUCCGGCGGAACGGGCGGCCUUUUGCUUUCGAGUCUACGACUUGAAUACGGAUGGCUUUAUAACCAAGGAUGAAAUGUUUACGCUGCUGCGCAACUGUUUGAUCAAACAGCCGCAAGACGAGGAUCCCGACGAGGGUGUCAAAGACCUAGUGGAAAUUGUGCUUAAGAAGUUUGAUGUGGAUAAGGAUGGCAAGGUCUCUCUAGAUGACUUCAUGGCCACAGUUACGGCUGAGCCGUUGCUCAUCGAGGCCUUCGGACAGUGUCUGCCCACCGACAGUGCCGUCGUCUCCUUCUUUUCCACACUUCAGGUCUAG